AUGUGGCACGAAACAAUACUAUCCCACAGUCCUCCUCCGGUGUCAAAGCACCAAAGCCCUCCUCCAGUGUCUCCCACAGUCCUCCGGUGUCUCCCAGAGUCCUCCCACAGUCCUCCUCCGGUGUCUCCCACAGUCCUCCUCCGGUGUCUCCCACAGUCCUCCUCCGGUGUCUCCCACAGUCCUCCUCCCCCAGUGUCUCCCACAGUCCUCCUCCCCCAGUGUCUCCCACAGUCCUCCUCCAGUGUCUCCACAGUCCUCCCCAGUGUCUCCCACAGUCCUCCCCCAGUGUCUCCCACAGUCCUCCCCAGUGUCUCCCCACAGUCCUCCUCCGUGUCUCCCACAGUCCUCCUCCCCAGUGUCUCCCACAGUCCUCCUCCCCCAGUGUCUCCCACAGUCCUCCUCCCCCAGUGUCUCCCACAGUCCUCCUCCAGUGUCUCCCACAGUCCUCCUCCAGUGUCUCCACAGUCCUCCCCCAGUGUCUCCCACAGUCCUCCCCCAGUGUCUCCCACAGUCCUCCCCCAGUGUCUCCCACAGUCCUCCUCCGGUGUCUCCCACAGUCCUCCUCCCCCAGUGUCUCCCACAGUCCUCCUCCAGUGUCUCCCACAGUCCUCCUCCAGUGUCUCCACAGUCCUCCCCCAGUGUCUCCCACAGUCCUCCCCAGUGUCUCCCACAGUCCUCCCCAGUGUCUCCCACAGUCCUCCUCCGGUGUCUCCCACAGUUCUCCCCGGUGUCUCCCACAGUCCUCCCCCCAGUGUCUCCCACAGUCCUCCCCGGUGUCUCCCACAGUCCUCCCCCCCAGUGUCUCCCACAGUCCUCCUCCCCCAGUGUCUCCCACAGUCCUCCUCCAGUGUCUCCCACAGUCCUCCCCAGUGUCUCCCACAGUCCUCCCCCAGUGUCUCCCACAGUCCUCCCCCAGUUCCUACUCCGGUGUCUCCCACAGUCCUCCCCCGGUGUCUCCCACAGUCCUCCUCCCCCAGUGUCUCCCACAGUCCUACUCCAGUGUCUCCCACAGUCCUCCCCCGGUGUCUCCCACAGUCCUCCUCCAGUGUCUCCCACAGUCCUCCCCCAGUGUCUCCCACAGUCCUACUCCAGUGUCUCCCACAGUCCUCCUCCAGUGUCUCCCACAGUCCUACUCCACUGUCUCCCACAGUCCUACUCCACUGUCUCCCACAGUCCUCCUCCAGUAUCUCCCACAGUCCUACUCCAGUGUCUCCCACAGUCCUACUCCAGUGUCUCCCACAGUCCUACUCCACUGUCUCCCACAGUCCUCCUCCAGUGUCUCCCACAGUCCUCCUCCAGUGUCUCCCACAGUCCUACUCCAGUGUCUCCCACAGUCCUACUCCACUGUCUCCCACAGUCCUACUCCGGUGUCUCCCACAGUCCUACUCCGGUGUCUCCCACAGUCCUACUCCACUGUCUCCCACAGUCCUCCUCCAGUGUCUCCCACAGUCCUACUCCAGUGUCUCCCACAGUCCUACUCCAGUGUCUCCCACAGUCCUACUCCAGUGUCUCCCACAGUCCUACUCCACUGUCUCCCACAGUCCUACUCCAGUGUCUCCCACAGUCCUCCUCCAGUGUCUCCCACAGUCCUCCUCCAGUGUCUCCCACAGUCCUACUCCAGUGUCUCCCACAGUCCUACUCCAGUGUCUCCCACAGUCCUCCUCCAGUGUCUCCCACAGUCCUCCUCCAGUGUCUCCCACAGUCCUACUCCAGUGUCUCCCACAGUCCUACUCCAGUGUCUCCCACAGUCCUACUCCAGUGUCUCCCACAGUCCUACUCCACUGUCUCCCACAGUCCUACUCCAGUGUCUCCCACAGUCCUACUCCGGUGUCAAAGCACCAAAGCCCUCCUGUGCUGUAA